AUCACUAGCUAGUUGGAGGCUUGGAGCUAGCUCGAUCGCUACCACGAGCUCAUGGUCAUGGCGCCGACCCAGGUGGAAGUGGAAGGCGGCGGCGUUCGGGUCGUGUCACGCCGCCUCGUCCGGCCGGAGCCAUGCGCGCCGCCGGAGCAAGCAGCUGAGACCAUGCACCUCACGCCGUGGGAUCUUAGGAUGAUGGCCGUGGAGUGCAUCCAGAAGGGCGUUCUCCUGCCCAGGCCACCCGCCGGAGGUCAGCACCACGUCGAACACCUCGCCUCGUCGUUCGCCCGCGCCCUGGCUCGCUUCUACCCGCUGGCCGGACGCCUCGCCGUGGAAGAGAUUGAUGACGAUGACGGCGGCGGCGGCGCGUCGCGUGAGUUGAGGAGCAUCUCCAUCUCGCUGUGCUGCAACGACAAGGGAGCUGAGUUCGUCCACGCGGUGGCGCCUGGCGUCACCGUCGCCGACAUCACCGCCUCGGUUUACGUCCCCCGUGUCGUCUGGUCCUUCUUCCCGCUCAACGGCAUGGUUGGCGCGGCCGCCGCCGUGGACUGUCGUCCGGUCCUGGCCGCGCAGGUCACUGAGCUCGCCGACGGCGUGUUCGUCGCCAUGUCGCUCAGCCACGGCGUCGCCGACGGGGGAACGUUCUGGCACUUGUUCCGCACGUGGUCGGAGAUGAGCCGAGGCUGCGAGCUGUCCACGCCAUCGCCGGUGCUGGAGAGGUGGUUCGUGGACAGCUGCCCCGUGCCGAUCCCUCUACCCUUCGCCACGCCGGAGGACAUGAUCCGGCAGGCCGAGUACCCGCCGGUGCAAGAAUGCUUCUUCCAUUUCACGGCGGAGAGCGUGAAGAAGCUGAAGGCGAAGGCGAACGACGAGAUGGCCGGCGAGGCCACGGCCACGAUCUCCUCGCUGCAGUCGCUUCUCGCCCACCUCUGGCGAGCCGUGUGCCGAGCCAGGCGCCUCUCGCCGGAGCAGGAGACACGCUACGCCCUCCCUGUCGGAUGCCGAGCACGGGUGAAGGGCCUAGCGCAGGGCUACCUGGGCAACGCGGUGGCUCCCGUGGCCGCGAAGGCCGCCGCCGGCGAGGUCAUGGACAAGGGGCUGGGCUGGACGGCGUGGCUGCUGAACCGCGCCGUGGCGUCGGUCGACGAGGCGAGCGUGAGGGGCACGCUGGCCGCGUGGCCGGAGAAGCCGAGCUUCCUGCGCAUGGCGGAUCUGCAGAAGCAAGCCGGCGGCGGGAUGGGGACGUCGAACUCGCCGCGGUUCGACGUGUACGGCAACGACUUCGGGUGGGGGAGGCCGGUGGGCGUGCGGAGCGGAGGCGGGAACAAGCUCGACGGGAAGAUGACGGUGUACGAGGGACGAGACGGCGGGGGGAGCAUGGCGCUGGAGGUGUGCCUUGCACCGGAGGCGCUCGCGAGGCUCGUUGCCGACGAGGAGUUCAUGGGCGCCCCGGCGUGACCGCGGUCGACCAACUUCGCUCCUUCAUGGUGAAUAAUAAAGGGAAACAAAUUUAAAUUCUCGACAAUAUUCACUCGUCUAUAUAUUGUGCAUCAUCUAAAUAUUUAUAAAAAAUAAAAUAAAAUAAAAGAUAAAUUAAUACGAGAUAUAUCACUCUAGAUACUAUAAGUUUUAAU